AUGGAUAAAGAUGUAAUCAAUGAUCUGAAAUGGACAUUUAUUGUAGAGCUGUGCUGGUACAACAGAACUAAAUUGAAAGAGUUUAUGGAUGUCCGAGAGACAAGAGGUUGUCGAUCAGCAAAUUAUGAUUUAUGCGCAUCAUGCACGGGACAAGCAGAAGAAGGAAAAGAAGACGUGAAUUGUGUUGGUUCAUGUCCACUUUGA